GUACCUCGGCACGGAUACUCAGCUCUUCCUAAUAACCCUAGUGGUGUUGCUCAUCAUCUGGCGCUGGCCGAAGAGUGGAGUCCCCCUCCUGACUAUCGUCAUGAUCAUCAGUCUGCUGAUUCCAUUCUUGCAGACGUACUUCAUGAAUCUCUUGCCUAUUCGAGUUAGCCUCUUCCCUGAAUCAAUAAGAGAUAUUUUCGGAUUCAACGAUACCUUCUACCAUGCCUACGUGUCAGCGCAAGGUAACUGGGCUGGUUAUCAUCUUGGAGUCCUCACUGCUUACUUCUAUCAUAAAGCACAGACCAAAAAGUGGAACCUUGGAGAAUCUUUGCUGCUGAAACUAAUGUUCGUAAUAUCAAUCCCGGUGGCGCUGGGUACCGUAUUGAUGGGCUGGGACCUGCAUCAUCGCGAGGCGUCAGCCUUUGAGUCGGCCAUCUUCAAUUCCUUGAAUCAGAACUUCUUCGCCUUCGCCAUUUGCGUGUUCAUCAUUGGAUACUUUUACAGGGCAAACAAAAUCUACGUAGACUCCGUGGAGUGGGGUCCAUUGCAGCCUUUAGGCAGAAUGUCUUACUGCGCCAUGUUGGUACACGCCACCGUAUUAAGAACUUACGGUGGACAAUUAAGGAGGUCAUUUUAUGCCACGGAUUAUACUGCAAUCAUGCUUUUCGCCGGUAUAGUCUGCACAACCUAUCUCUUCUCUCUUCCUCUAUAUCUCUUUGUGGAAGCCCCAGCCUGUCAACUUCAGAAACUUCUUCUGGGCCCGAAAAGAAGACCACAGAGGAAAGAAGAACACGACGCUAAUGCAAACCAGGUGAAGCCUGGAAUAUCAACUGUGUUAGGUUAAGCGAUCCUAUUGGUCAACUCGACUCCGUUUGCCUCACACCAGCUCAAGAACAUUAGUCAUGUUUUAAAAGGUAUUGAUAGUAUUAUAUCAAAGUAACUGAUGUGUGAUGUUUAAUGCAAAUACCUUGCAAUUAAAAAUUAGUGUUAUUUAAUUGAAAUAGGAUGGCUUUUUGAAUAUUUUUUUCUUUAUUGUGAAAUUUAAAGCACUAUAAUUUUCAAUUAAUUUCAAUGAAAAUUUUAUUGUGAAUGAUAAUGAAAUGUAAAAUGAUUUCCAAAGGAAAUUUCUACAGAAUUUGACUAAUUCAAAUUUUGUAUUGUUAUUUCUUAUUUUUCGUAUCGUGUCUCUAUUCAUUAAUUGUAAUAACUAGUAAUAAGUGAUUUUUUUCAGGGCAAUGUAUUUUCGUUAUAGUACUUCACAUCUUCAAUUGUAUAUGG